CUCAUUGAGGAAUUGAGCUUGAAAUCAAACCAACACAACAAAGAGGAGUUAAUAAUUGAAGAAAAUGUCCAAGUAUGGAACAUCUCUAUUGGUGCCUUCUGUUCAUGAACUUGUGAAGCAACCUAUCACCAAAGUUCCAGAUCAAUAUCUUCAUCCAAAUCAAGAUCCUCCUGAUAUAUCUAACACAACCUUACCACAAGUUCCAGUCAUCGACCUUAGUAAAUUGUUAUCUGAAGAUGUCACUGAGCUAGAGAAGCUAGACGAUGCAUGCAAGGAAUGGGGGUUCUUCCAGCUGAUUAAUCAUGGAGUCAACCCUUCAAUGGUGGAAAACGUGAAGAGAGAUGUUCAAGAGUUUUUAAAUCUUCCAAUGGAAAAGAAGAAGCAAUUUUGGCAAAUCCCAGAUGAAUUGGAGGGUUUUGGCCAGUUGUUUGUUGUAUCUGAGGAUCAAAAGCUAGAAUGGGCAGAUAUGUUCUUCAUUCACACUCUUCCAAUAAACGCAAGGAAUCUUCGCUUAUUUCCUAACUUUCCUCAACCAUUGAGGGAUAAUAUAGAGAACUAUUCUUCGCAAUUGAAAAAGCUUUGCCUCACAAUCAUUGAGCGUAUGGCGAUGGCUCUUAAGAUUGAAUCGAAUGAACUGCUAGAUUACGUGUUUGAAGAUGUAUUUCAAACAAUGAGAUGGACUUACUACCCUCCAUGCCCUCAACCAGAAAAUGUCAUUGGAAUAAAUCCUCAUUCAGAUGCUUGUGCUCUUACCAUUCUACUCCAAGCCAAUGAAACAGAAGGCCUACAAAUAAAAAAAGAUGGAAAUUGGAUCCCUGUCAAACCCUUGCCUAAUGCUUUUGUCAUCAACGUUGGAGACAUUUUGGAGAUAUUGACCAAUGGGAUUUACCGGAGCAUCGAGCAUCGAGCAACUAUUAACAAAGAGAAAGAGAGAAUUUCCGUUGCCACAUUUCACAGGCCUCUAAUGAACAAAGUUAUAGGUCCAACACCCAGCCUUGUUACUUCUGAAAGAGCUGCAGUGUUCAAAAGAAUUGCUGUUGAAGAUUAUUACAAAGCAUACUUUUCUCGCGGGCUAAAAGGAAAAUCAUGCCUUGAUUUGAUCAGGGUCCAAAAAUGAUAUUGGUAAAAUGGUAGAAGUUCAUGUAUGACUUUGCAUGAGAUGGAAAAUUAAAACUUGUACACUGAAAGCAGCUAAUAUUGAAUAAUGGUACAAAUAAGGCUGCUAAGUCUAAAAUUACUUUUCAAGGUUUUAAGAUGGUGAUAGCGAAAGUACAUGGACUUGAAAAUUUAUAUCAUGGGAUUUGAAUAGUGUGUAUUCUUCAAGUAGUAAGCUGAUACGUGUGUCUCACGUACGUUUUCCCCUCAA